AUGCUGGACCUUGUGCAGUCAACAAUCGGUGCCAAUACCCUCAUCCUCAUCACCAUCUGCCAGGACUCUGCUCUUCAGCAGCCCAUGUAUCACUUCUUAGGCAUCCUCUCUGUGGUGGACAUGGGGUUGGCCACCACCAUCAUGCCCAAGAUCCUGGCCAUCUUCUGGUUUGAUGCCAAGGUCAUUAGCCUCCCUGAGUGUUUUGCUCAGAUUUAUGCCAUCCACUGCUUUGUUGGCAUGGAGUCAGGCAUCUUCCUCUGCAUGGCUUUUGAUAGAUAUGUAGCUAUUUGCCACCCUCUUCGCUACCCAUCAAUUGUCACCAAUGCCUUAAUCUUAAAAGCUACCUUAUUCAUGGUGUUUCGGAAUGGCUUGGUCGUCAUUCCAGUGCCUGUGCUUGCAGCCCAGCGUAAUUAUUGCUCCAGGAAUGAGAUGAGCCUGUGUUCUAACCUUGGGGUCACUAGACUGGCUUGUGAUGACAGGAGACCAAACAGCAUUUGCCAGUUGGUUCUGGCAUGGCUUGGAAUGGGGAGUGACCUAAGUCUUAUAAUAUUGUCAUACACUUUGAUUCUGCGCUCGGCAGUGGUCAGCCUCUCCUCAGCAGAUGCUCGGCAGAAGGCCUUCAGCACCUGCACUGCCCACAUCUGUGCUAUUGUUUUUUCCUACAGUCCAGCUUUCUUCUCCUUCUUUUCCCACCGCUUUGGGGGCCACACAAUCCCUCCCUCUUGCCACAUCAUUAUGGCCAAUAUUUACCUGCUCUUGCCUCCCACUAUGAAUCCUGCUGUCUAUGGGGUGAAAACCAAGCAGAUACGAGACUGUGUCCUAAGGAUCCUUUCAAGUCCUAAGGACACCAAAUCCCAUAGCAUAUGA